AUGUACUUGGUUAUAAACUUGACCGUGGCUGAUAUGUUUGUUGGAGGAAGUACCGCUUUCUUUGCAGUAUUUCAUUUCCUCCUCUACGGUUGCGAAGUUGGAAAUAUAUUUUUGAUCAGGUCGGAAUUGCCACCUAUUAUGGUUGUGCUUACCACGACCGAGGCGUGGAUCCCUCUCACCUCUGUAGCAGGUAUUGCAGUAAUUUCUUUAGAGAGAAUGCAUGCAACGUUUCGUCCAUUCAGGCAUCGCAACAUCAAAAAAUGGACCUACGGGGUAACAAUUGCGGGCGUUUGGAUUUUAACUGCGAUGAUAGCAAUUCCCUUGCCGUUAAUAAGUCUCUAUGGGAACUUGCAUCAACAGUGGCAAUUGUUAUUUCCUUUGUACUUCAGGUUAUCAUAUUGUUUCCUUUGCCUUAUUGUUAUAUGUGUUUCGUACACCUCCAUUGCUUUAAAAGCUUGGUGUGGAACUCGACCUCCGUCCCAUGGUGCGGCCAAUAGACAAAGAAAACUCACUGUCACAUUAUCCAUAAUGACCCUUGUAUCUUUGUUGCUGUGGUUACCAGAUGUUGUAUAUACUUUUGUUUCUUUUUCUGUUCUAGAUAGGUUUUCUUUCCGGACAUAUUUACGCUUGAAAUUAUCUUUUUCUCUUCUAUACCACACAAACUCGCUUGUUAAUCCCAUUAUUUACACAAUCAGAAUGCCAGAGUUCAGAAGAGCUCUUCUGGUAUUAUUUAAACGUCGACAAAUACAAAAUGUUGCUAUUGCUCUUCAUGCCCGUUAACACCAAAAGGGAAUUCCUGAGACGUCCGCACAUUUUCAUUGAUUCACUGAAACACCAUCAACAAGGUCGCCCGUGCGACUGCCUCAAAGCAAACAAUUGCAAAUGCAGAAGAUUGUUAUGGCGCCUGUUGAGUUUCCUCUUGAAACACUACAGGCACUGAAUAAAAGUUGCGGAACUCUCCGGACACCAAAUUCUGAUUAAUUUUAAGCGUGUAAUUGGACUAAAAAUAACUUUGGUGCAAUUCACAUGUCCCAACAAGAGCCAUAAUAGGACUUGGUACCAAUCAAGGGCGUGACUGGGCGCUCUUUGUCCUUUUAUUCUCUCUUGGUAACACUUAAUUGUAACUUCAUAAUGAUGACUAGUCAAAAACAAGAGGGAGCUUGUGGGAGAAAUGACCCUUCAAAUAAGGGAGAAGGGACAAAAUAAGGUUAGUCAAGUUUAAUUAUUAACUUUAAUUACUUAAGACAUUUUCUCCUUUUUUGUGGUUGUUGUACGUGACCACAAGUUUUGCCUCUUUGAGCUACGUAAUUGCUGCGGUAUGUGGAAAUGAAGUUUUAGCAAUGAUGGUAAGGUUGUACAUAUUGGGCUAGCUAUGGUCAAACUAUACUGGAUAGCUUUUGGGCGGCCACGAAAAUCAUACCGGAUAGGGAUUCUGUUCACACACACACGCGAUUUCCACUACAGAGCGAAACUGCGUCACGCCGAUCUCUAAAAUGGAUAGUCACAUAUGGCAUAGGUGUUUAUACUCAUUACGGGACAACUUUUCGUGUCGGCUUAUUUUUGGCUGCUUUUGUUUGCCAUAUUUUAAUGUAUUAUUUAGUAAUCCUGUCUAUUGAGAUGAAAUAGUCCAGGGACGUUUUUGAAGCUGUUUAAAUCACUUACAGCAAGUGUUUUAAACAUUAGCAUUGUCUUCGGACCCUUCUUCGAACAGAAAUGUUCGAUAAGAAAAAGUCGAAAAAAAAUUCGCAAAAAAUUACAUUACUUCCGAUCUCCUCCAAAUUUGGCCCAAAGGAAGCUACAUGUAAUAGAUUUAACCAAUUAUGUGCCUAGUUCCAGCCCCCAUCGUGUUUUGAGCUUUACGCAACGAUUUUCAGGAGAAAUGUCUGUAUGGGGGAAGUAACUGUGGCGGCUUUUGCAAAGAAUGAAAGCUUGUAUAGAAGAAUUUCAACCUAAUGGAAGUCAAGGACAUUAUUUUGAAGGAUUCUGGAGGAUAAAAAAAAAAAAAAACGCAAAAAAUCGAGGCAAGAAAGCGGUAAGAAUCUUUGCCUUCAAUUCCCCGAGUAGGCAAUGUCUAGCGCAAAAUUCUUUUCAAACGCUGAGCUUUUGGCCUUUAAAUCCUUGCUUAUUUUGAUGAAUUCUAUGAGUGAGUUCAUGUUUGCUUGUUUUUAACUCGAUAUUUUGCCAAGAAACUAAAAAAUAAAGCGUUUUUAAAGCGUUUGACUCUCAAGUCUCUAUUUCACUACUAUAUAGCCCUUACCUUGUUUGGCCAUCCCAAUAAAAUGUUUCGUUCCCCAUCGCCCGACCGACCCAUUUUUCUCGAAAAGUAAAAAAAAAAAAUUCCAGAUUAACUACAGUGUAGUCAAAGAAACUAGUCAGAGAAGCAAGUACGAGCACACGAUCUUGUUUUAUUAACAACAAUUGAUAUGAUGUGAUGUCCUUGUCUUUAAUUAACAUCGAUACUACGUUUUUUAAAGGCAGCUUAGACAUUUAAUAGUCGAAACGACCACGGUUCGAGUUGACUUUGUAACCAGGCUUUCUUACUUAGCAUCCCGGCAUUCUCUGGAACCGAGUCCCCUUCAAGUGUUCAUUCUCUCUUUUUUUUUUUUUUUUUUUUUUUUUUGCCCGCCCGACCGACCCACCAUCACAAGAGACAGGGCGAGCGAUGGGAAACGAAACAUUUUAUUGGGAUCAGGCCUUUGCAUAAUCUGACAGCGUCGUAAAAUAAAUUUGUAGAAAACUGCUAGUCGCUCCAUAUUUUCGACCGAUAGUUGGGCGGUUUGCUUAGAUAAAGAAGAAAAAAAAUAUUGCUAAUGUAUUACACAAAGUAGACAACUUUCUUGGCAAAAUUUCACUCUUAAAAAUUUUUUUAAAUAAUUAUGCAGAAAUAUGCCUUGUUUAUUAUUUUUUUUGCGGAAUAUUAUGGGUUUCCUGAGACCUAAAUAUUUGUUUUCUGAAUUCUAACUUUUGCCCUUUCCAGUGAGGUAUAGCUUUAUAUGGAACUGUAGAUAAUAGCAGAGAUAUAACUUUUUUCAAGGUUACAUGGUCAAUUUACUUCAAACAAACCUGAAGGAGACAAUGAGUUAAAUCCAUUAUUCACCUAGAAUCUUUUCUUGACAUUUUUAAUCAGCAUAAAGUAUGCUUCAUAAACGGCAAUUUCCAAGUUCCAAAGCUCUCAUUUUUCCAGCUAGCAAUGCUUAAAUUAAACUUAUUUUUGCGAUAAUGAGUUUAGCGUGCAUGAGAAUAACAAAUCAUUUUCAUCCAAAUCAUUUCGCUCUGAAACAGAGGCUUGGAGCAACUCGGAAAUGGCCUAUAUAGACUUGUACAUUUAUAUUCAGAAUUAGUUGUUAUUAAAGCUCUUGUUGUUAUUCACAGUUUCUGUGUAAAUUACGUCUUUUUACUUUCUGAAGCACUUCUACGUAUGUAGACUGGAAAACAGUCGGGUUUGUUUUGUCGUAAUCGGUUUUGCAAAGACGCGAAGGAGCAGUGUGAGAUUUUCGCGAAAUGCGCGAACCUCACAUGCCCUAAUAGUCCCAGUCUCACUCCCCGUUUUCACCCGCUCGCUCCAGACUUUUCGUUUAACUGCUCGCGCGCUCUUAACCUCAGCAAAAAUACGAGCUGUUUUGCCGUCUGAUACGUAUGUGGCUAUUGAGAAAAUAAUUACAGAGUAUGUAAAAUGAAGCCAAGAUCAUGCUGUUUUGUACACCUUAACCGUUAUAGCACUUGUUAACUGUUUUCUAGAUUUUCUAAAAUGUCUGUGUUAGUAAAGUAAACCAAUUUAGAGUAUUCAAUAAACUUACUAUUUGAACAUGAUUAUACCUGUGGUGUUAUCUGUAAUCAUGACUUUUGAAUAGCUUUAAUAGCAUAUGUCACAGGAAAAGGGGACGAGACUAUGAUGAAAUGGGAAUAAGACACUUAAAUUGUACUAUGGGAAAUUUGUCGGCAUCAGGAACUCAACUCUCAGCCGUUACUGAACACGCCAGCAAUAAUACCGGGUACUAUCCAGUUUGGGAAUAGGAUAAGUUUAUUGACCGAGACCAUCACUGGUACUCUCGUGUCUCGUAGAGUUAAAGAGGCUAUAGUCAAAUAACACUUCACCUUAACAUCAUCAGACAUUAACAGGAAAAGUGGAAGUGAGAUUCCUGAAUCGUAUAGAUGCUCUACGAUUAGACAACACAACAACCGAUCAGUAUCACUGCGAAUCGCUGAAAGAACAGUCUCCUCCUCAAAUUAUGCCAACAAUUCUUCGUAUCGAAGCCCAACAACCUUAAUUGCAAUUAAAGUUCUCCGCUGACUAGUUGUUGGUUUUUACUUUAUUUUAGGUCCAUUUUCGAGUUUGUUUCUUGCUUUGUAAUAUAGCGAAUGCUGAAUUAUUUCAAAAAGAAAGAAUCUUCAAGAGCUUUGCUUUGGCCUUAUCUUCAUAUUGUUUGCUUACUUUGAGUGAAAGAAAAACUCACCUGAAUGGGAUUAAGAGAACUUUUUUCAAAGAAUAUACCUUAAUCUGAACCUUUUCUUUUAAUAGAUUUAUUUAGGAAUGAUAGAAGUGCGACUCGACCGGGGAAAAUGCAAAUCCUCUAAGUUAAAUACAGUCAUUUUUCUUUUGCCUUAAUUUCAACAGCCUGUUGACUCAGGACCCCCUCUUGCUUGAUCAUAACAUUAAAAAUGCUAGUUGAAGAGAAUACACCAGUAUCUAUAGAUGUAGAUUUCUGGAACUUCUCUUCAAUCUCUGAGCUAGACUCGAGGAAAGUCUACAAGAUCACCUCCAGGUUUCACCUUCAACAGUUUUAAACAUGUUAAAAAGACUCAGUUCAAAUUGUGCAUCAGUUUAACCACAAGCUACCCAGUAUAAGACAUUGAACAGUGCGUAGUAAUGAGCAACGAACCACAAAAGAACGACAAUUUCAAACAAACUGAACCAAAACCGGUGCAUCCUAACAGACCACGGCCCGUCCUAACCUUGUACGUACUAUACUUCUUUUCACCAUUUGACCUUUACACACUACAAAUAACAGUCGAACCUUCCGUAAAGCAACCGCCCAAAAUGAGACGACUUGCGGGAGGUCACUUGCGAGAAAAUAUCCACGGCGGGUCUUUCCUGAGAAGAUAGUCCAGACACAUCUAUAUUUUUAUUAUAGAAGAUAUAUAAUUUAUUUUGUUGCGUGUAAUUUCUAAGCUACGAUAUGCGUAGUUGCAUGUGUUUGCCUAAAUUCUUCGUAUAUUCUAAAUAGCAUAGUACACACAGUGAACAUAGUGGUCAGACAAUGCGUGAGGUGAUCGUUUACAAGAGGUUAAAAACAGUGGGAAGUUAUUAAAACGACAGCCUAAAAAAGCGGGGCGUGAUCGCUUACAGGAGGUGGUCGUAUAGAGGUUCCAAGUGUAAGGUUUUGACUGGGAAAAAUUUCGUGUUGUGGAUAGGUGGUCGCUUACAAGAGGUGGGAGGCAAAAGUAGUUAUCUUUCUAAUCAUAUGGUCCUAAGACAUCGAAAAGUUUAAAUGACUUGAUGCGUCUGUCGUAGGCUUGGUCCCAUUAGGGCAAUUUAAAACCAUUCAGAAGACGCGAACUAUGAAGUUUAAAAGCCAACUUAUCCGAAUCACGUUUUCGCUACUGUCAAUCACAACUACGAUCACAUGCAACAAACCUUGAAACAUAGAAACUCACAAAAUUGAUUGAAAGCACUUAUCACUCAUCACAAACAAUGGCCUUUUCGGUUUUAAUUCAUGGAAGUAAACUUCUUCUUAAUCUUUCUUGCUAACUGAGUUGAUUGACAACAGAAGAAGACGCAAACGAUAGUUGAGUUUUGAUCUUGACGUGUUAUUGAAAGCCACGGUAACCUUGCCAAUGUUCCGUUUCACUGACGCCACCUGUGCUUCCACAGUUGCUGUAAAUUUGUUUUUAUUAAUAAACAAUUAGAACUUAGUCCAGCUAUAACGCGCUCUCUGAUUGGUUGAAGAAAAGUGCUUUAUGCGAGCUUGAGAGUAUAAAAAACGGAGCUAAAACUGUCACUUCAUCUGCCAAUAGUUUGUUUUGAAAAUUAGAAAGCAAUGCGUGGGGAAUUUAAAGGAUUCUUUAUCAUGAAACAAAUAUAUAACGAAGCCUUGACUGAGCUCUUUUCGACUACAUCUCGUGUUUACCCCUACACUUCUUUCUUACUCUAGCCGCUUUCGGCGUGAUUCAGUUACAACAGAACAGAGAACAGUCAAGGGACGCCUUAUUUGUUAAUUAAAAAGCAGUUUGCUGUUAAUAAUUUAUAUUUGUUUUUGCUAGAACGAAAAAUAUAGCUAGGAGGAAGAUGCAAUUAUUUUAAAUAAUGUGUGGCUUUUGUUACUAUUUAAAUGAAGUUUGCGAAUUGUAUAAGACUACAUGUAUACUCAUUAUACACGCUCAUAUUAUAACAAUUGUAGUCUGGAUGAAUUAAUGGUUGUGUCGCUCAAAAAGGGAGCAAGCAUUAGCUUUCACCUUAGUACUGCAUUCCUUUAUUAAACAGGCAAAACUCCGGGUUGAAAACUCACAGUAAGCUAACAGCAGAGCUCCACGCGCGGAGCCCCAUAGCUAAGGAAUUGUGGUAAUCUACCAAUCCGAGAAAAUUUGUUAAUCACGUGACCGUACACCGAGCGAGCGACCGUCCGUCCGCGACACAGGCAUACCAAUUUAAAAUAACUCAUCAGCAGGUGUGGUAGCCCAAAUGCAACUCAAGGUUUUAUUUGGAAGGAAAUCACACGGCCGCCCGGACUUUUAGAAAGAAAAAACAACAACAAAGUCGUGUCUUUUUAUGUUUACACUAUUGUGGACAGUAGAGAAAGAGCUAGAGCUAAAUCUAUAUAUUAUGCAAGCACAAUUUGACAAUAAAUCUUCAUUAAGCGGCUAUAACCUUGGGACAUCCGAUUGAUGGUCCUUAAUGGAGGUUGACAGCUGAAAAGAGGAUUGUCCGAAAUUCCAAAAUCUUUAGCAGAAACUUCUCUUUAUUCUGAAACAAAAUAAACCUUAAGAGGUUUCUGAGAACUUCCUCUUCCUUUGUACGGUUACGAUGGUUUCGUGUGAGCAGAUCAGCAGAACGCGUGAACUUCCGGUCGAAAUUUCCUCCGCUGGGCACUUGUAAAGAUAAUUCUAGCCUACAAUUAUUUUGGGACUUUGAUCGCUGACCGCUUAAUAGAUGGCGGCUGCUUAAUAGGUGGCAACUUAAUGGCGGUUAAACGGUACUCAAAAAAUAUAAGGCUAUAAAUGAUAGACUCUUACGGCUGCAAUUGUCAGAACUGUUUACAACAUUAACUAGCCGUCACGUUUAGGCUUACUUUUAAAAGGGGUAGAAAUUAAGGAAAGUAAACCAUUAAGUGGGACUGAGAGAAACUUUAUUUGAACAGUUCUCAGUUUACGGUUAUCAUUAUGAUUUAAAACAGCGAUCAUUUCAGGGACGGUGUAGGAAUCUGUUUAUCUUCACGUCCAACAUAUAAGAAGCCCUUGACGUCAGUCCAGGGAAUGAAUCCGUUGCUAACUUGAGCAAACAUU